AUGGGGCAGCUGAUGCAACGCACCAAUGAGCACAUCCAAGUAGAGGAUGAUGCGGCGGCGUCCACUGUGAAGACAAAUCCGGUGGCAACAGACAAAAUGGUGGCUAAAAAAAUAUACGCGGUCGAACAGGAGACAAACCGUCCAAGUGACCGCGCAAGGGAAUCCGACUGUGGUCCGGAUCGUAGAAACCGGGGUAAAGGUCGCCGCAAUGACAGAGCAGAAUAUCCCUGUGAUGACGCAGCAGAUACAAACAGAAAGUUGAAUGCUCAGACGUGCAUCACUACGAUUUUUAAAAUUCUAAUCUACCGCAUACUUAGUGAAAUCCGCGACGAGGUUUCCGUCCGAUUUCCCGCUAAGUUAGGCGAUGCGCAAAAAGGCUUCAAUCUGCGGUACCGCUGCACAUUUCAUAGGGAGCGAGGGCACCGGACGGAGGACUGUUUGCCCUUGAAGCAACACUUGGAGGAGUUAGUCGUAGCCACUCACUUGGACCGUUACAUCGAUGGGGGCGUUAGGGCCACGCACCACACACCGGUUGAGCCAAGUGGUUCGGAUGACCUAGAGGCACCCCCCCAAGGAGUGGUCAAUGUGAUCCACAGUAGAGUAGAGCCGGCGCGGGUAUGCGAGCUCCGAGGGAUGAUAAAAAAGGCAGAACAUAUGAGAGGAGUUUUGUCAGUCCAGUCCACGAUCAAAAGAGGCAAGACCGAGAAGAAAAAUGUGAUUAGCUUCUUAAGUAGGGAUCUUGAGCGCAUUCAAACGCCGCACAAUGAUGCCCAGGUGGUCACCCUUCAUGUCAGGGACUUCAAUGUUAAACGCAUCGUGAUCGACUACGGCAACUUGGUCGAGAUCAUGUACUACGACGCCUUCAAGCAGCUCAAACUCUAA